AUGUGGAACACACUAUGGGCUUACGAGGCAAGACUUGAAACUUAUGAAACCAGAGCUGUUGUAAUGGAUUUAACAUGUGACACUUAUCUAUUUGCCAUCAGACUUGUUGGUUCCCUUGGCUUUGGUCUUCUCUCUACAGUGCCUCCUUUCCAUUUGAUUGGCACUGUUCAAUAUCAUCAAGCUCUGUAUAGGCAUUUAGGUGUCAGAUCAGCAAAGAUUCCUGUUUCAAAUGACAAAUUUAUUAUAGUGCAUUGGAAUGCAUCAUGCCUAAGCUUUAAUGAUAGCUGUUCUCAAUUAGGGAUGGAAAAAAACCGUUGUUUUUGUCAAAGAACUGCCAUGCCACCGCAAAGAGGUGAGAUUUGGAAACAAUAUACCAAAGUUUAUGAUGCAGCUGGAAAAGUCACUCAAGCCUGUUGUAAACAUUGUGAUAAGGGAAAGUAUGCUUCUCCCAGCGCCACUAGACUUGCACAACACAUAACUAAAUGUAAGGGCUGCCCAACACCAAUAAAGACUCACUUUAUUGCUGAAAUCGAAAAGAAAAAGGGUAAACAGAAUGACAAUGGUGUUGAUGUGGACAGCGAUGAAGAGGAGUUUGUCGAGGACAAUCCUCCUUCUGUUUCACCUUCCAGUGGAUCAAAGCGUACAACAGAAAAUGCUGCUCAUGCGCCACUCCCUGCAAAACGACAAAAAUCUCUCACCACCUGCUUAGAUGUUGUAUCGAAAAAGGAAAAGGAGAAACUGGAUGCAUUAUUUUCUAGAGCUUUAUAUUCAAAAGGGCUAUCAUUUUCUGUGUUUGAGGGAAAGCACAUGGAAGCUGCAUUGAGUGCACUUCGACCUGCAUAUAAAAUGCCAUCAAGAAAAUCGUUUGCUGGGCCACUUCUGGAACAAGAAUAUACUUCAGUAAUGAAGAGAGUUAAUGAAGAAAUAUUAAAAGCAAGAAGUCUGACAGUGCAAUUAGAUGGAUGGAACAAUAAUAGGCACGAAGGUAUCGUAAAUUUUGUUGUUUCUACACCUCAACCGUUUUUCUACAAGGCUAUUGAGCCUGGCACUCAACGUGAAAAUGCUGUUUAUCUAUCUGAUAAUAUCUUAGUUGUUUUAAAUGCUGUGAAUGCAAACAAAGUUCUACUUCUUGUAACUAACAAUGCUUCUGCCAUGAAGAGGGCAUGGGCCCUAGUGCAACAGGUUCACAAGCAUAUUUAUGCCAUUGGAUGUGGCAGCCAUGGGCUAAACCUGUUAUUUAAAGACAUUGUCAAAUUGCCUGUCUUCAAAGAUCUCAUCAGCAACGCCAAAGAAAUUGUCAAAAUAAGAAAGCGGAGGCAACUUCAUGCUAUCUUUAAAUCCAAACAAAAGCAGCACUAUGGAGAAAAGUCAGUAAGUUUAGUUUUACCUUCUCCAACUAGAUUUGCUGGAGCAUAUUUCUUACUGUUUUCACUUCAAAAAAAUAAAAUUGCUCUUGGAGAAACAGUACUUACUGACGAAGUAGAAGUGCCCCCAGAAGUAAGAAAAAAUGUGCUCGACAAUGAGGAUCAUGGGUUUUGGGCAACUCUCUCCUUUUUUGUUAAAUUCAUCCAGCCUGUGGUUGAAGGUACUCAUCUCAUUGAAGCUGAUGACGCCAGACUCUCCCAUAUGGUUAAAAUCUGCAUGAACAUAACAAAUUUGACAGAUGCAGCUUUGAAUGAAGAAUCAAUCAUUCCCCUGGGUGAUAUUACUAAAAUCAAAAAUUCUGUUGCUAAUAGAAUAAGCAAGUUUUGUGUAUGUGAUAUACAUUUAGCUACUUAUCUCAUCGACCCUGGUUUUGUUGGUGAAGGUUUGACUGAUGCAGACUGCCAUCGUGCCAUGGAAGUCAUUGAAGGACUUGCUAGGCACCUAGAAUUAAAUGUAGAUUUAGUUAUUGACAACCUAGCUGAAUUUAAGACCAAAACCAAUUUCUUCAGAAAUGAAAAAAUGUGGAGCCGCUCCCUCAGCAUGCAUGCCAUAACAUGGUGGGACUUUUUUUGCUGCAACCAGCCUUUGCACCCAAUAGCAGUACGUUUACUGAGUUUGCAACCCUCAGCAUGUCCAUGCGAAAGAGUUUGGUCGGAGUAUGGCUAUGUACACAACAAGAGAAAGAAAAAAAAUGAACUAAGUGCUGAAAGGGAGAAAAAAAUUAGAGCUUACCCAUGUGCAUCUCUUUUUGAUAAUGAACAAGAUGAUGAUGAGUGGAACUGGAGUGAUGAUGAUGAUGAGGGUGGAGCUGAGCAGGCACCUAUAUGGACUUCUGAUGAAGAAAUCGAAGAAUCCUCAAGUGACGAAUUGAACAAUUCUUCGGAAGAUGAAGAAAACCUGUAA